AUGGUAUGGCCCAUGCAGAUUACUCCCUCAGACGCUAGAAUAAGAAGAGCCGGGAGUCAUUCUACCUCAACCAGUGGAGAGGACUGGCAGACAGACAGACAGACUCUGCUGAGAGAGAGAGAGAUCGAUCUACAAAUGGUUCUCCGAAUCCCUCUGCGCAGAAGUGCUAGCUUCACCCCAGACCACCAGCCCUUGAUGGAGGUGUCCAGUCCCACCGCGGUGAAAAUAGAAGCGAAUAUGUUAGUUAUGGGAGCAAACAGCGUGGGGAAAUCAGCCUUGACGGUGCGUUUCCUUACCAGGCGAUUCAUUGGGGAAUAUGGAGACAUGGAAUCCAUCUACAGCCACAGCCUGGCAAUGGAGGGCAGAGAGAUCCUCGUCCACAUAUGGGACGUCCCCUGUUCACAGGACCAGGUGGAUGAGAGCUCUGCCAAGGAAAAGCGAGUCCAGUGGGCGGAUGGCUUUGUCCUGGUCUACAGCAUCUGCGACCGUGCCAGCUUCAAUGUGCUGCGCCCCAAAGUCCAGAUCCUCAAGGCAGCCAAGGAGGCUCUAAGCCAGGAGAAGGUGCCUAUCGUCAUCGUGGGCAACAAGCGGGACCUACACCACCGGCGGGCGGUCUCCAGUGAGGAGGGCCGUCUCCUGGCGCUCUCCAUGGACUGUGAAUUCUAUGAGGUCUCUGCAGCUGAGGCUUAUCAUGGGGCACUCAUGGUCUUCCAGGGGCUGGCGGAGCGCAUCUGCGAGGCCAAGCUGGCACUGAAGAAGGGCACUGGGAUCCGCAGCAUUGUCAAAAGCAUGUCAGCUGUGUUUGCCCGGAAGAGGACGGACUCGCUCUGAGCUGGAGCCUGUGUGUUACUUCCCCAUGUGCUGCCAGCUGGGAAGAUCAAGGUGCCCAGCCUGCUUCACUAGACUAAGCCCUUCUAUCCCAGUGACUGUGAAAAGAGCCAUGUACUGUAUAUGAGGAGUCAAAUGGAUUCCCCCAACCUCACACCUGAGAGCCUCAGGAAAAUGGCCGAGUCUGCCCCUGCCAUCAUAU